GAGGCUCACACACGCAGGAGGAGAGAGGGAGUAGAAACUGUUAAAAACGUGUGUGUUCGCUCUUGCCAGUCUCAGCAUCGCUCAGUUUGUGCAGGAGGCUGCAGCUCAGGAUCUCCACUCCAGAUAUGAUCUGCACACUUCUCAGUCGUUUCUCUCCAAGCUGGGAUCCCUUCAUUUGUUUGCUUGGAUGUUAACAGUCUGCUGCGUAUUGAUGGAUUUCUCAUACCACAACUAAUCUGACUCAAACCCGGGAUCGUUUCAAGAACAGACAAAAAAAAAAAGGGGGUGCCCAGGUAGUUUUAAGGUUUUUGGAAGCUGCAGCUCAUCCUGUGUUGGACAUGGGACCGUGCGUCAGCAGAGAGGGAUCCGGUGUCGGAGGGAGAGCAUCUUCCUGAAGGAGGAGAAGCCCGUGUGCAGGAGUUUUUUUUAUUUUUUUUAUAGUAUUGCUUUUUGCUACCGGGGAGGUGGAGCUGAGGGUUUUUACGCGCCGGAAUGAUGCGUCCCAAUCGCGGCUUCAUCCUGCUCCUCCUCAACGGAACCGCUUGUUUGGUGGCCCUUGGUCAAGAAGACGACUCUGCUAGCCCCAAGAGCUCUUCAGACGACUCCUCCAAGACGGUGGGCCUCCUGAGUGGGCAGACUCCACUCUCGCCCCUGAGCCGCUGGAUGCUUCACAGUAAGAGCAGAGCGGCUAACACAACUUCUCUGGAGCUCCCCUACCGGACCCCGGUCCCUUUUUCCAAGCAGGAGUUUUCCAAACAGGAGUUCUGGGAGAUGUUGGGCAGCGACCUGCUCAAACCGGACGCUUCCAGCUCCAGAGUCAAACGGCGACCAAUCGUCAAGACGGGCAAGUUCAAGAAGAUGUUUGGCUGGGGAGACUUCUACUCCAACAUCAAGACGGUGAGGCUUAAUCUGCUGAUCACCGGCAAGAUUGUGGAUCACGGUAACGGCACAUUCAGCGUCUACUUCCGCCACAACUCCACAGGCCAGGGAAACAUCUCAGUGAGCCUGGUGCCACCCGUCAAGGCGGUUGAGUUCGAUCUGGAGCGCCAGAGCGUGGUCUACCCAAAGGACUCAAAGAUCUUCAACUGCCGCGUGGACUAUGAAAAGGUGGAUCGCAGCAAGCGCACGUCGCUGUGCAACUACGACCCCUCCAAAACCUGCUUUCAGGAGCAGAUCCAGAGCCACGUGUCCUGGAUCUGCUCCAAGCCUUUCAAGGUUAUCUGCAUCUACAUUUCCUUCUACAGUACGGACUACCGUCUGGUCCAGAAGGUUUGCCCGGACUACAACUACCACAACGAGAUGCCCUAUCUGCCCUCGGGUUAGAGUGCUAGUAGGGGGUGAGGAGAGGUGGGAGAGGAGAAGAAAAAAAAAGUGAGGGUGAGAAGAAGUGACUGCAACAUAAGAGGAGGAAACCAGGGCUGAGAAUCAUCCGUAAUGCCACGGUGGCUGAAGAUACCUUAAAAAAGCCCUCUUUGUAGCCUGACUUCUGUAAGAUGUAAAAACAUAUAUGCAAAACUAAAACUACCGUAUGCAGACAAAGAGGCAUUUGGAAUGCUAAACAGCAGCAUUCAUUAACUGGGACUGCUACUGAAAUUCAAAAACCGCCAACAUGCACAUUCUUACCUCAAUCCUGUUUUGUAAUGCCAACUUUCUCGCCAGCUAUUUCUGUCCUCCAUUCAGUCAUUUGUUAAUGUGGAAUGUUCUUUUAAUCACCUUUUUGCAAAGUCACAAGGCAGUAUUUACAGUAAAAGAACACAUUUAAAUGCUCUGAUAAGACUCACUAGAGAGUUGUAUACAAAUCCAGACUUUAUUACAAACAUCAUGACGGUACUUAAUAUCGUACACUGUGAUGGCAUAGACGACUUUUCAAUUGUAUCCAAGGAAUGUCUUUUUUUCCUCAUACUAAGAGCAGAUGAAUGUAAAGUGUAAGCAGUCGCAGGAUCUUUUAGGUUACACUUAAAGUCUCUUUCAAUUGGGCAUGCUUUUAAUGCUUUCUUUACAGUUCUUCUAACUCUUUCAUUUCACAUGUAAGCAUCCCAUCAUGGCGUUUUCAGUGUGUAGCGUUGGGUUUUGCAACCUGCCAAAUCUGAUUACGCCAUACUUCAUGCACACCACCUUUAUUUCAGUGGGAAAAAAAGGAAAGAAGGGACAAAAAGAAAAUAAUAAAAUUGCCAAGGAAAAGUAUUUUCUCAACAAAGAUUUAGGACCAGGGCUUAAGACAAGUUCAGUGCAAAGGAAAUAACUAGAUUCUGCAUAGAGAUAGAAUUGGCCCUCCAUACUUAAAGAGAGGUGGGGGAGAGAGGGAGAGCGAUUCAGUGAGCUGUUUUAAUUAAAGUGGAGAAGGAGAUGUAGAGUAUGCAGCUCCUUCUAUUGUCCCCUCUGUAUGAAAAAGAUUACAUUUUGUUGCCGUCAGGAUUCCUGAUUUCACGCCUUGAUAACUUUGACUGUGUGCGGGAGAUUGCUCUCUCCCGACAAAUGCUGUGUUCACUAACGGCGUCCCGUUAUCUUGAAUAAAUGAAAAUAUUAUCAUAAUAAUUGCAUAUAAUUUAAUCUCCUUUAGAACUAAUUAAGGUUUCAACAAGAGGGCGAAUUGUAUUCCUAAAAAUCAAGACAGUGGGAGGAUAAGAGGACAAUUCAAAAGGAUUGUUGUGGGUUUUUUUUUUUUUUUUAUAGCGUGGAGCUGGCAGCCAAAGCAGGGCCCAGAGUUAACUGCUCUCAUUAAGAUAAAUGGCCACAGGCUGGCCCAUCUCAUGUUGCUCUCACAAAUAUUAUCAGUGGAGAGGAGCUCACAAUGGAGCUAUGAAUUAGGUAGGAUGUGUGCAGAGAGGUUAACCCUGUCCUGCUUAUGAGCACACAAUGACUUCUCAGUUCAUUAACAAUGUUGCAAGAAAGGUGUGAAGAGUCAUUAACCGGCAAGAUAAGAUACCCGUUUUGAUGUUAAUUUGAUAUGAUAUCAGGGAUGAAGCCGAUAUCAAGCAGUGUUGUCCCAGGUGGGCGGUGAAUGAAAGUGUCCUCCUGUGGGGGGAAGCAUAAGGCCAGACAUAAAUGCAUGGUCUCAGCUGCUCAGUGUGAGAGCAGGAGAGAAGCUAAAGAUAGCAACAAAGACCUGUAAAUGUGAUCAUCAGAGCUCUGAGUUUUUAAUUUAGUCUUAAAGAGGGGGGUAGCCCCUCUCCAUAUGCCACCAAAUCAACGUGAGAAAUGGCAGCAGGGCACGAGCAAUUCCGCAGGGGACUGACAGCACCUGCAGGAAUGAAACAUGCUGCUUAAGUCAAACCUCUGCUUUCUCUUGCAUGUCAUCGUUUGUCCAAAGAGAUAUGUCCUACAUGCAUCCAUUUGAUUCUGAAACAUAUCUGGCUCCUGGUUUAGUGCAAGAGUCUCGCAAAACUGAGGAGAUUUUCUUAAAGAGGAAACUAUCAAUCAGAGCGCCAACUCCAGGAAAGCUUGUCUAGACACACUCUCAUUUCUGCCAUGUCACAGUAAGUGAUUACGCAGGAUUUAUUUGAAAGUAAACAUAAAGAGUCCCGGUGGAACAUGCAGUAUAGAUGAGGGAUUGGCAGCAUCUGAAACCAACUGCAUGACACAUGUCUGAGAAUCUUUUCUUUUACUGCUGGAUGCACGUGUAUAAAUUGCGUAUAAACCAGCAAAUACGACGCAAUGCCUCUUCUUCCAUCCAUCCCACUGGCUGUAUAAAAGAGGCUGGCAAAGCCUUGUGACAUCACCCCUUGGUUUUAGCCACCUUUUGACGCCAAAAGUUUGACAUCUUGGGUUUUUUUAAACCAUGCAGUAUGAUUUUGGACAUUGUUUAGCUGUGUUUGAUUGUGCUCAAUUUUAUUACAUCAAUUAGUUGACUUGUCUGAAUCUAAAUUUUCAUUUUCUUGACAGGGAAAUUAACCCCUAAAAAUACCUAAUUUAAAGGCUAAGCCAACGUCUUUUAAACAGUAAAUGGUUCAUCCAUUUCCUCAUCCUGCAGCUCUGUUUGCCCUUUCUGUAUACAUCUGCCUGUUAC